UGAAAUGCAUUCUGAGAGCCAAGUCAGCUGUGUAUUGGCCGGGAUGCGAUGAUCAAGUCCGAAACAUGGUUGCUAGCUGCGUAACAUGCCAAACACACCGCCAUCGAAAUCCAUCGCCGCCUCUUCGUCCUGUGCCGCUGCCGUCACACGCAUUCCAGCAUGUGUCGGGAGACAUAUUCACCUUCGAAAGUGUCAACUAUCUUCUCAUCGUUGAUGCGUACAGCAAAUGGCCGUCUUGUGUGCCUCUCCGUUCGCUGACAUCCUCCCCCAUCAUCGCGGAGGUUGAGCGUGUGUUCUGUGAUUUCGGUAUCCCAGAAGUGUUCAUGUCAGAUAACGGUUCUCAAUUUGACUGUGCGGAGUUUCGCGCUUUCUGUGAUAGGCGCAACAUCCGUGCAGUGUCAUCCAGCCCCACUUACGCUCAAUCCAAUGGUCUCGUGGAGCGUCAUAUCCAGACUGUAAAGCGUACCAUCCUCAAAAUGUUGAAUCCGGUAAAACGCUUUGGGAAGCUUUAGCAGCCAUUAGGUCUACUCCAGUAUCGAAUGAUCUUCCGUCACCAUCACUUCUCUUGCAAGGUCGUCAUCUGAGAGGAAAUCUUCCGUUUUUGCCAGACCGACUUACUCCGCAGCAUGUCCCAGCGACUUUCGUUCAAGCUCAGCUACAACGGCGACAGGCGAUGGCCUGUUUUCAACAUGAAGGCCGCCUUGAUGUCCGUGGCUCAGCCCUCAAAGUCGGGCAGAGCGUCCGGGUACUCAUCAGUGGUUUGUGGCUACCUGGAACUAUCGAAUCCGUCUGUACAGCGCCGGACUCUUAUGUUGUUCGUUUGGCUGAAGGUCGUGUUUUUCGUCGCAUAUGCCGUGAUAUAAACAUCGACAAUUCGUCCAGCGUAUCAAGCACAGCCCGUACAGUGGCCGCCGGUCCCAUCCUUCCAAAGUUACUGUGGCAACCGACUCUCAAUCGUCCGGUCCGCCCGAAGGUUCCUCUCAUCAUUCCGUCAACACCACUAAUAACAGGACCUCCCCAUCCAAAUCCUACAACAGUGCCGAUUCGUCGUGGUCGGCCGUCCAAAACUACACCACCUACGCCUUCCCAGCAACAGGUGAUUCCUCCGGAAGCGGUGGUUAAUCAGCCAGGAUCUACUCGUUCCGCAGUGGUGAAUCAGCCAGGAUCUACCCGUUCCGGUCGUCAAUACUUAAAGUCAUAAAUUUGAAUUUUUUUUUUUAUUUUUUGUUUUUUUUUUCUUAUUUUUUUAUUUUUUUUAUUUUAUAAGUUAAUGUAUGUGAUGGCUUGUGUGUUCUGUUGUGUUGGGUCAGUCACCUCAAUUGUGUCACAUUCUCGUCACUAUCAUGUGCGUUGUUUAGUGUAUGCAAGGCUGCUGGUGUUAACUUUUGUUUUGUUGUAGUUGUGUAAUUGUCCUUGCAAUAAGUGUAUUAACUUGUCAACUAAGA